AUGGGACUUUUCGCUGGCAAGGAGUACUACAAGCAACUUCUCGUUGUUGACAUCCGAGACGCCGAUGUGCUCUACAUAGAUGUCCACCACAAUUGCUCGGUACGAGUUUUCCGUGGCCUUGAAAAGCCAGAUUCGCCUGCCUCUGCUUGCAUCAUCAAGGUCGACGAUGGACCAGAUAUGAUUGCCGUCCUUGCUCGAGAUGGUAUCCGAAUUCUCAAGCAGCGCUACUCUAGAAGGAAGAACGCCGAUCUUACUUUCGAAGAGGUUAUCAAGUUCCCAAUUGAUUUCUCGCCAAAUGAGCAUCUUGGAAAGCACUCUUUCGCAUACGUUGGAUUGGAAACCUGCACUUUCGAAGGAGAAAAAUGCUUGGUUACGUUCAACAAGAACAAAUGCCAGCUCGAAUAUUUUGCUAUUCCUGAGGACUUCAGUUCUAUUGAAGAUAUUAGCGUCAAACUCGUCGAGCUCGCCCGCGACUACAAAAACACUUUGUACAUGUCGAAGACGUACGAUGCUAACCACCUGUUCCUUUCCGUCAACGACAUUGGGCGACCAUUUGUAGCGCGUGUCAGCUUCAACGGAGAGCCCGACGUGUCCUGGCAGAACCAAGGCAUUGUUCAUGUUCCCAAGGACUCGAUUGACAUGAUGGCUGGAGUUUGUGAGACUCCGAAUGGAACUCUUCUGAUUUGCGAUGGAAACGGAUCGAAGUACCCACAGUAUGGCAAUGUCUGGGCCGUACUCGAAUCGAAGGAGUACGACAAAUCCGGCAAGUUCGUCCCUGUCAAACUUCAAGACAAAAACGGGCGAAAUAUCACCGUGCGACGCUCAGUCGACAUCGUCUCCAAUCAUCGCAACAUCUUUCUCUGCACCCACCCUCUUUCCGAUCCAAAAUGCCGAACCAAGGCCGAGAUCUACGCCUUUGCCCGCCCAGAUGAUUUUUAA